CGCUUGGGGAAGUAAUUGACUUACCAGUUACUUUAGGAUCUGAAUCAAUCAAGAUCAAAGCAUUAGUAACCGUGAAUGGUGACUAUGAUCUUAUACUAGGAAAUAAUUGGGCUCACAAUUAUAAAGCAGUUAUAAGCUGGACCAAAGGCCUAUUACAAUUUGAAAAUCAAAAGAAACAAAUUGAGAUACCUAUUACAUGUUUAGAAAAGCACCAUAAAACUGAAGAAGAAGAUAAUUUAUAUAAUGUUGAAGAGGAAAUAGAACUUAAAGUCUUUGAUAAUAAUGGCAAAGGAAAGAUACCAGAACGCGCUCAUGAAACAGAUGCUGGUUUUGAUUUAAGAUAUCCAGAAACAGAAGAACUUGUCAUCUCACCACAAGAAACUGUGAUGAUAGAUUCAUAUAUCGCAAUUGAAGUGCCAAAAGGAACAUUUUCACGUAAAGGAAUAGAAGUAAAAGCUGGUACUGUAGAUGCUGGGUACACUGGAAAUAUUAAAGUAUUGAUUCAUAAUAAUUCUAGUCAGUCAUAUGCUAUACAACCUGAUGAGAAGAUAGCACAAGCAAUAUUCUUACCACUGGUAAAGAUCUCAAAAAUUCAUUCAGUAUCAACUCGUGAAGAACUUGGAGAUUCAGAAAGAGGUCAACAAGAUGAACAAGUAAAAGCAUUAGACUUACAAGUAAAAGAACAUUAUACUCAACUAGGCAAAGAAAAAUUCUUUCAUUCAACCUUUGAAGAAUUAAAAAGAAAUGAAGUUACUGGCUUAGAUAAAUGCCCCCAUGCCAACAAUUGCUUAUCAACUGAAUGUUAUAAAUGUAGUGAAGAUGAUUGGUAUUAUGAACAGAUAAAAUUAAUACCAGAACCGCUCUAUCAA